CAAAGACACGUGAUACGCUUUUUUUUUUUUUUUUUUUUUUUUUUUUUUUUUUACACAACAAAGAUGGCUGCGCCCUGCAGGAAUCUAAUGAGGUCGACUUUGCAAGGUUUAUAUCAGCUAUCAAAUAGGACACUGUGGAUAGGAUCACACUUUGAGCAGAUAGCUGCCCGUCUCAGACCGCAGGAGGAUGUUUUGCACAGCAGAGCCCUACACUGUGGACAUUAUGCCUUACAAACCAUCACCAAGAUGGAAUCUCCAAAAGUUAUGAACACACAGAAAGGAGCUGAACCUGAAAAUAAGACCAACCAACAAAAGAAAGAAGAGGAGGAGGAGGAUGAGGAAGAUGAAGAUAACAGGCCUGAGUACAUCCCCAAAAGAAAAGCCAAAAAUCCAAUGAUGAAGAUUGGAUAUGCAUGGAUGAUUGGCCUGCCUACUGGAAUCAUCGGCUUUAUUCUGGCAAAGAGACAGGUGGACAAGAACCGACUGAAGCAGCUGAAAAUCAGACAGAGAAUGAAGCGAUCCAACGAGGGAGAUUACGAGAGUGACCGAUAUAAACCAGCCUCCAGGAUGCAGUGAAAGCUCUACUUCUGUGAAAUGACUCUAUUGUACUAAAGAAUGGCUUUAUUGAGCACUUAUCAGCAGGUUGCCAUGGAAACAGUGAACUGUGCAGAAUAUAACAAAGACAUUGUAGAAAGCAAGCAUUUAUUGUGGUGGAUCUUAUGAAGACUUUGCAUUUGGGUAUGCAAAAAAAGAAUGAUGAUCUUUUACCCAUUUUGAUGUAAGUGCAGUCGUUACCAUGAUUGUUCAUAAACAUACAGAAUAACUUAAGCAACCAAUAUUAUCUAUUAAAAAUCAACGAAAUAACUGAAUAA